CCGUGAUUGCCUUCGCGCUGCUGACAGUCAGCUGAGAUUUACCCCAGCAGCCGCUACUAGAACUAGAACUGCCCGAAGGAAUAGUUCUCGUUCUAUUUGCUGGAUACUGCUGCCUUCACAGGCAGGUGUAGAAGCCAUCGACAGUCGGCAUAUUGCAGGUGUAGAAGCCAUCAACGGUGGGCAUAUCCGCACUGGUGGGGAUAUUGUCGUCAGAUUCAAUGGCGGUCCUCAGGAGACAAGCCAGUGGGCAGGCCAGACUGGCAGGACUAGCUAGAGGAUGUGUGGGAGUGAUUCUGCUUGCUUUCGUCUUGCAGUCCGCCGCAAUUCGUACUGGUGAGAGUGAAUCUGUGUCCAAGACAGCGACAACUCAGACUCCAGAAACAACGACUUACAUCGGUAGCAGGCAUCUCGGAGACUAUCAGUACAAUGACAAGACGUACGAUCACAAUAACAUGGAGUAUGACGAGAAGAAAGAUGAGAAGAAGUACAACAACAAGUACGACAACAACAAUACGUAUGAUGACAAGAAGUACGGCAAGUACGACCAUAAGUACGAUGAUAAGAAAUACGAUGACAAGAAGUACAACAAUAAGUAUGAUGACACGAAGUACGACAUGAAGAAGUAUGAUGACAAGAAGUACGAUGACAAUAAGUACGGCAUGAAGAAUUACGCUGACAAGAAGUACAACGUGAAGUAUGAUGAAAAUAAAUAUGACAAAAAGUAUGAGAACAAGUACGAUAACAAGUACAAUGACAACAAGUACGAUGACCACACGUAUGGCAUGAAUAAUGACAAAAAGUACAAGGAGAAGAAGUACUACAACAAGUAUGACAACAAGUAUGAAAAUAAGUAUGACAACAAGUACAAGAACAAGUAUGAAAAUAAGUAUGACAACAAGUAUGACAAUGAGUACGGCAACAAGUACGACAAUAAGUUUGAUAACUACGGCAUGAAGUAUGACAACAAGUACAAGAACUACGACAUGAAGAAGAACAAUAAGUACGACAAUAGGCAUGACUAUGAGCACAAAUAUGACUAUAAGUACGACAAUAAGUAUGACAGUAAGUACCAUGACAAGAAGUAUGAUGAGAAGAACUAUGGCAACAAGUACGACGAGAAGUACAACAAUAAGUACGAUGAAAAGAAGUACGGCAUGUAGAAGUACGAUGACGAGAAGUACAGCAUGAAAUAUGAAGUAUUAUAAACAGACAAAGUAUGACUAGAAAUACAACGAAAAGUAAAACAAUGAUAAGGAAGUACAGUUAACUAUAACACUAAGUAGGACAAGAUGUACGACAAGAAGCAUCAGGACAAAUUAGGUAUGCCAUGAAGUAUGUUGAGAAGAAUUAUGACAAGAAGUGCAACGAUGACAAUGAGUAUCAUAAUGGUGAGAAGUAUGACACAAAGUAAAAAAAUAAAUAUGAUGACAAGGAGUACAACAAGAAGCAUGAUGGAAAGACGUACGACAACAAGAAUGAAUGACAAAAAGUAUGAAAUGAACUAUGAUGAGAAGAAGCAUAACAAGAAGUACUGACAUCAAGUGCGAUGAGAAGAAAUAUGACAGGAAGUACGUUGAGAAGUAUGACGACAAGUACGAUGAUAAAGUACGAACGGAAUGUACAACAACGAAAAGGAUGACAAUUAUAAUGACAAUUAUGACACGUAUGUCAUGCAUACCUUUCUCGCCCUUUUGGCUAAGUAGUAAGAUCAAGUGUAGUAUCUCUUCUGAUCAGUUUCACAUCUGAUCCAUGGUCCAUCGGGCCACAUAUAAAAAAAAACAGGGAAAAAAAAAGCUUUAAAAAAGUGAGUACGUGUCCGUAUGACAAGUACAACAAUAAUAAACAGGAUGCAAAGACGCACUACACCAAGUAAUAUCAUGGAAAGGGGUGCGAAGACAAGUACGAUCAUGACAACAAGUACAUUGUACAAGAAGUGAAGGAGCAAGAAGUAUGGUCACAGCUGUCAUGUUCUCCAAAUAGAUACACAAAUGUACUAGGAACCGAAUGCGCGAGGGGUUACUUUCACAGUGGAACCACAGAGACCGUGUUCGCAGCGGAAGCAUUGGUGUAAAUCCAUGGCGGAAGGCGGACCUACCAUGUCGGUGUGGCUUGGUCUAUAUCAGCAGAGACAGAGGACCAGCUACCAAGAGGCAGCUUCACAGAGGAGGUGAUGCAAGGAGGUACGGACUUCAAAUCCGGGAACCGGACGAGGGUCAAAGGCGAAUUUUGCAUAAAUGAAGGGGUUUGUUAAAGAGGUGCACAGCGAGGAGGUGCUCGUAAAAGGGGUGCUGCUGCAGUGUGAGAUGGAUCACAGGCAGUGCCCAAACUGCAAAUUGGGUUCAGGUGGAGCAUCACUUACACUCUGCACAAUGUGGAGCUUCAACCUUCUGAUGGGCCGGUGCAGCGCGGACAAAAACAGUCUAUCCACUCCCCCGUUUCUUGUCCUUUUAUCCCUCUCUGCCUACUGUUCACUGGGCAGUUCUUUAUUUGACUAUUGAUAUAUAUAACAAUAACAUAAUAAUAGUUAUAUAAUAAUAAUAUAAUAAUAAUAAUAAUAAUAAUAAUAAUAAUAAUAAUAAUAAUAAUAAUAAGGUAACAGAGAACUACAUGGUGAAGCACAGGCAGAAACAGAGAAAAAGACAACAAACAGGGGUUGUGACGGACUCGUGCUAGUGGAGCCCUGACGGUCUGUGGACAGUGUAGGUAGCGCUCCUUUCGUGACAGACUGUUUCUUUGGAGUUUUCAUAUACGCCAAUUUGAGAAGAAACCCCAAAAG